AGCCGAGUGGAGUCAGCUGAGACCCAGGCUGGAGAACUUCAGGGGCUCUAUCGCCUCAGGGGUGGAGGUCGGGGUUAGUUCUGGGCACUCUGGAGCUCGUAGGAGAGCAGGGGCGAGCAGAGAAACCCGCACAGGAUUGCUGCCAGGAGUACAGGGCUUCCCGGAACUGAAAGCUUGAGCACUCCUGGGUGGAGCAGCGAGUAGCAGGGCAGACUUCAGUCCUUCAACUCUAAACUCCGGAUUGGAGCUCCUCCCAUCCCGGGCGGUGCCCACCUGAAACCUUAGCUUCCUUUCUUCUUACUAUUCUGAUCUUCCUCCCCCAACUCUUCCACCCCUAGAAUCAUUGCCUGGUUUUUUGUUUGUUUGUUUUGUUUUGUUCUUUUGUUUUUGUUUUGUUUUGUUUUUCCUUCUUUAAUAAUUCUCUGGGUUGCCUCAUCUCUUUAAUCAAGCUCCUGGCCUUGCCUCACCGCACCCUUCCUCCCUGUCUGACAUCACAGUUGUGGACCUGGAGGUAUUCAGUCUCACCUGCUAAGCGAAUAUUGCUUCGCAGAUGUAAGUGAAGGAGAAGCCACUGCUCCGCCCUGUCUGUGGGCCACCUCUCUGAAGAGAUACCAUUCGAAGCAGAAGCCUAAACAUGUAUCAUGAAGAAUUAAUCUUGAUACUCUGCGUUCUCGUUGUGAAAAGUGCCUCAAAAAGCUGCAUUCACCGCUCAAAAAUUCAUGUGGUAGAGGGGGAGCCUUUUUAUCUGAAGCCCUGUGACGUAUCUACGCCCGUGCACAAGAAUGAAACAGCCACCAUGAGAUGGUUCAAAGGCAAUGCUUCACAUGGGUAUAGAGAACUGAACACCAGAAGCUCGCCCAGAAUCACUUUUCGUGGUUACACUUUGGAAUUCUGGCCAGUUGAACUGGAGGAUGAGGGAACAUACUUUUCUCAAGUGGGAAAUGAUCGUCGAAAUUGGACCUUAAAUGUCACCAAAAAACCCAAACACAGCUGUUUCUCUGAAAAACUUGUGACGAGCAGAGAUGUUGAAGUUAAGAAGUCUCUGCGAAUUGCAUGUGAAAAUCCUAACUAUGGAGAGCUGAUCAAUGACACAACGCUGUAUAAGAACUGUAAGGAAAUAUCCAAAACCCCAAAGAUCCUGAAGGAUGCCGAAUUUGGAGAUGAGGGUUAUUACUCCUGCGUCUUUUCUGUCUACCAUAACGGGAAACAGUACAACAUCACCAAGACUGUCAAUAUAACAGUUAUUGAAGAGAAUAGUAAAAUAACUCCAGCUAUUUUUGGAUCAAAGUGUGAGAAGGUUGGCGUAGAACUAGGAAAAGAUGUGGAGCUGAACUGCAGUGCCUUACUGAAUGAACAUGAUCUGUUUUACUGGAGCAUCAGGAAGGAAGAUAGCUCAGACCCUAACGUGCAAGAAUAUAAGAAAGAGCCAAUGUGGACUUCUGAAGGCAAACUGCAUGCUUCAAUCAUACUGAGAAUUCAGAAAAUUACUGAAAAAUAUCUCGAUGUUUUAUAUAAUUGCACUGUGGCCAACGAAGAAGCCACAGACACCAAAAGCUUCGUCUUGGUGAGAAAAGAAACACCUGAUAUCCCAGGCCAUGUCUUUACGAGAGGACUGACUGUGGUUGUUCUCACCUCUGUGGCAGCAGUGUGUGUGGUGAUUUUGUGUGUCAUUUAUAAAGUUGACUUGGUUCUAUUCUAUAGACGCAUAGCAGAAAGAGAUGAGACACUAACAGAUGGUAAAACAUAUGAUGCCUUUGUGUCUUACUUGAAAGAGUGUCAUCCUGAGAAUGGAGAAGAGUACGCUUUUGCUGUGGAGACAUUACCCAGAGUCCUAGAGAAACAGUUUGGGUAUAAGUUAUGCAUAUUUGAAAGAGAUGUGAUGCCUGGUGGAGCUGUUGUUGACGAGAUCCAUUCACUGAUAGAGAAAAGCCGGAGGCUUAUCAUUGUCCUCAGCAAGAGUUACCUGGCUAACGGAACCAGACUUGAACUCGAGAGCGGACUCCACGAAGCACUGGUGGAGAGGAAGAUUAAAAUAAUCUUAAUUGAGUUUACUCCAGCCAGCAACAUCCCCAUUCUUCCUCCAUCCCUGAAGCUCCUGAAGUCCUACAGAGUUCUGAAAUGGAAGGCUGGUGGGCCACCCACUUCCAACACACGGUUCUGGAAGCGGCUUCUUUAUCUGAUGCCUGCCAAAGCCGUCAAGCCGUGGAGAGAGGAAUCGGAGGCACAGCACGUUCUUUCAGCACCUUGAGCUCCGGACAAGCUCGAUGUCAAAAGGAAGCAAAGCCCUGUUCCAAGUCAUAUGUGUGCCUACUCACAGCAGUGACUGUGGUUCCAAAGGCUGAAUUUUGCGAUUAUCCCUCCCACUCCCAGUUAUGAGAUUUGUCACUGGGCCAUCACAGAUGAAACUGAACCUUGAUUAUGAUCCCGAACUCCCAGAGAGCCUUGGGAUUCACAAGAAAUCAGUUUGUUCUGCUUCCUUCCUCUAGAGCAAUGGUUCCCAACCUGUGGGUU